AUGAAGUCGCAAAAUGGUCUUCAUCUUCGCGAAGAGGCUUUGGCUGGUUUGAGCGCUGGAAUAAUCGGGACAGUCAUUGGCUUCCCCUUUGAUUUGGUGAAGACUCGGAUGCAGACUGGAAGUACAAGUCAAACCUCCAUUUUCAAAGUCGGCCGAAACGUUGUGAGAAAGGAAGGGAUGCUCGCACUUUACAAAGGAUUGUGGCCACCUCUCAUCUCCAUUUCCAUCCUGACCACGAUAACCUUUCCGCAAUAUGCGUUUUGGAGACAACUGUAUGGUGCCAAGCCUGGAUGGGAUUAUCGAAAUAGUCUGGCUGGGAUCUCUUGUGGCCCCAUUGGUGGCAUCUUUUCGACGGUUGAAAACCUUGUCAAGACUCAAAUGCAACUGGACAACAUCACAAAGAAGCAAUACACGUCAUCGUAUCACUGUGUCAAGACACUCAUACAAGAACAUGGAGUUGGUGUUAUUUACACGGGACACACCAUCAACACUUUGUGGCAGGUUAUAUUCCUUGCAAAUUAUUUCUUUGUAUAUGAAGGAGUUAGAGAAGAGCUAUCAAAAUCGUCCUUUGGAAACCUUCAAAUGGCUGUACCAAUUGCUGGAGGAUGUGCUGGUGCUUCGGCGUGGGGAUUAAGCUUUCCAGUCGAUUCUGUUCGAGCGGGAGUGCAACGUCAAUCGUUACCACCUAAGGAUGGAUUUCAGAAGGUGUUUUCGACGCUGAUGAAAGAGCGUGGGAUUAUGGCGUUAUACUCUGGAGCUAGGGUUUCCAUUUAUCGCGCCUUCCUUGUGAGCAGCAUCCGCUUCAGCGUUUACGAGGGGGCAUUGUGGCUCUUUGGAGUAGGACGAAACAGCCAGAUCCAUGGCGACUAG